AUUGAUUUUUCCUCUGUGAAAUUGCCAGUUGUAUUCAGCAUUUAGGCUAUAAAAAUAUACAAAAAGAACGAAACAAUUCUUCUUUAAUCCGAGAUUCCCUACACAUCUGUUAUUAGAAUGGUUGAGAAUGAGCACACUAUAAUUUUGAGCUCAAACGUACACUGUAUGUAUCAUUCAUUUAUUUAGCCUCAUCUACCAGAACGUUUAAAUAAAGGAGAUAUGUACAAUUUAUAAAGUUUGAAAAGUUAUAUGGAUUAGGCCUAUAUUUCGAGGAAAACCUCUGAAGAUAAAUUUGACUUGUGUAACCAGAACCUGCUUACAGAAAGUCCAGUCCUCGCGUACAACCACUGUCUGCACACAUUGGAUGUUUCUCUUAUCACUUCGACCGUAAGCGCCCUGCGAAGUAGAAAUCACAGGCUAAUCCGGUAUGCUUCCAGUUCGAAGGUAGUAUGAUCCAUUCCAAGGGCAUUAAAAUGUACAAGACGUUGAUUUAAAUUGUAUUUUUCUACAGAGAUAAGCCUAUAUUAUGUUAGACUUCUCUUGUAAGUUUCGUCUGUGUUAACCUGAAGACGCUGCAGGCCGUGGCCCGUGGCAUAGCUAAAAUCAUACCUUACUCGAGUGCACUGUAGCUGCUCGCAGUUAAAUUCUAUGGCGUCCGCCGCGUGGAUCAAACAGCCCUGCCUCUUCUAACUAGCUGCCUCCCCCUAUUCGGCUUUUUUACGCAUGCGCGCACACGCGCCUCAUAUCGCAAAAAAAAAAAUACCGCCUUCAAUAAAAUUAGAUAUGGCUUUUCAUCGAAAUGGGACAUAAAAUACGGUUUUCUAGGGAGAUAGGGAUUCGUGAGACAAACGACCGACCGCUUUUUUGUUGGUCUUUAUGCGCUGCUGAUGGUAGAUGGUAUCCAGCGAGCUGUAUCUGGCUGAGCAAGACGACGACUCGGCGAGUAAUAUGAAGGAGAUGAUCGGAGGCUGCUGCGUUUGCUCGGAUGAGAGAGGCUGGGCCGAAAACCCUCUAGUCUACUGCGACGGUCACGGCUGUAACGUUGCCGUCCAUCAAGCCUGCUAUGGAAUUGUCCAAGUCCCCACAGGCCCCUGGUUCUGCAGGAAAUGUGAAUCACAGGAACGUGCUGCCAGGGUGAGGUGCGAGCUGUGUCCCCACAAAGAUGGAGCACUGAAGCGAACAGAUAAUGGAGGUUGGGCCCAUGUGGUUUGUGCUCUUUACAUCCCUGAAGUGGAGUUCGCCAACGUAUCCACCAUGGAGCCCAUUGUGCUUCAGUCUGUCCCUCAUGAACGUUAUAAUAAGACAUGCUACAUCUGUGAGGAACAGGGCCGUGAGAGCAAAGCUGCUUCUGGAGCAUGCAUGACAUGUAACAAACAUGGCUGCCGACAAGCCUUUCACGUUACAUGCGCUCAGUUUGCUGGGUUUUUGUGUGAAGAACAGGGCUCAGAUGCUGAUAAUGUGAAAUACUGUGGAUACUGCAAGUACCAUCACAGCAAACUGAAACAUAAAGAAAGAGAUCGUCACAAACCAAAGCACAAAAAGUCUUUGGAAAUGUCACCUUCCUUGGUGCCAGCUAUGAUGGUGGCCUCUGAGAAGAGCUACAACAGCAGCACUGGCGGAAGUGUCGCCUCCAUUACCUCCACCCAGAAGCGUCUGGACGACAGCGGAGGUCGUUUCACUAAUGCCAACUUCCAGGAAGUUCCACCUCACUCCAGUUCCAGCUCCAAGGAUGGCAGCUCCUCUGAUGGCAAGAGCUCGGAUGGCAAAAGCAAGAAGUCCAGCAGUCACGGCACUAGCUCAAGCUCCGGCUCCAGGGGCCGCAAGUCAGCGCCGGGCAAACCCCACAGCCCUGUGGUCACCACAGCGACGUCAUCCACCGCUCCCUCCUCAACCAGUCCUUUUCAGCAAGGUCUUUUAUUAGGCAACAGCAGCAAUAAAUCAGCCACUAGUGGGUCUGUGGUCCAGCCCACAUCUGAUUUCCUCAGCUUCUCUGAUCCCAGCCUAAGAGCCGGUGACUCGUACACACCUCCAUCCUUUAGCCGUUGUCACGUGAAGGGUGGUGCAGAAAAUGCAGCUUCUGAAGGCAUGGUGGCUCUCAACACCUUCAGCAUGAUAUCCAUCCCCCAAAGCACCAGCUCAAGCAAGCAUUACGAAAACUGUCACCCACCCGGAGAGCUAGGAGGCCUGGCCUCGGCAGGCUACAAAAGACCCCAGCCCUCCUCAUCCUCUUCUUCUGCGACAUCGUCUUCGUCUACUGGUGAGGAUGGUGUGAAGAAGAAGAAGAGAGGGAACUGGAGGAACCGGUAUGGACCGUGCUUCACCACCCAGGACAGUAAAACCACUGAUACAGGAGAGCACGGGUCCACAAUGCCCUCAUCCACUUCCCCCUCGCCAUCCUCUAUGAGCACCACGGCCUGCCGCGGGAGUGCAGUCAGCAGUACAGGAGGUGUGGGAGCAGUGGGUGCUGGGAGCAGCAGUCUGGGGAUUCAGAAGUCCCCAUCCCUCCUCAGGAAUGGAAGCUUACAGGGUAUGACUGUCAGCUCCCCGUCUGCUGGACCAGGUUCGUACCCCAGCAGUAGUGAUGUAGCCUGCCCAUUGCCCGGUGCGGUGUUUGGAGGGUCUCUGUCCGGAUCCAACUCAGAGUUACCUGCUCAUCAGUCAGUUGUCACUUCCAUGCCCACUCUCACCUCGCUGCCCCCAACCGCCCCGUUCACCAGCACCUCAUCCACACAUUCAAACUCUGUCCCGGGAUCCUUUAACCUGGCGCCAACCCAUAUGUUCGGAAACAGGCUGAAUCCCAAUUCUGCCAUGGCUGCACUGAUCGCCCAGUCUGAGGGCUCCCCAGCAGAUCAGGAGCUAGGAGACGGAGCUCUCGGCUUCUCCAGAAGAGGAAACUCACCAAAGACAAACCUCUCCCCUCGGUUUCCGGUAAGUGGGCUUCAUGUCCGGUAUGACUCGUCAGGUCCGUUGGUUCCGGGGCUCGGGUCUGGUUCGGAUGCAUUGCCCCCGGUGGCCACCAGCAUCGACCAGCUGCUGGAACGCCAAUGGAACGAAGGACAGCAGUUUCUCCUACAACAGGGCUCACAGGGAGAUGUUCUGGGAAUGCUGAAGUCCCUGCACCAGCUGCAGGUGGAAAACCGGCGUCUGGAGGAACAAAUCCGAACUCUUACUAUGAAGAAGGAACGACUGCAGCUCUUGAGCGCUCAGCUCUCCGUGCCUUUCACCCCCGCGAGCACCACGGCCACCACUGCCUCCUCUCCUCUGUACCCCAGCAACACUCAUCCAGACAUGCUGCACAGCAAGAGCAUUCAGCUAGGCAGCAGUGUUUUAACAGAGUCCUCUCAACCCUUGCCCACUCAGGAUCCCCUGUCUGGUGGCCAUAGUAGCGAAAGUAGCACGUCCUCUCUCUCCACCCCUCCGUCUGCGGCCCACAGUCCCCCCCAGCAGCAGAUGAACGGAGUCGGCAUGGCCGGGGUGGCUGUCCAGCCUGGCAAUGCCAACUCGUCCCUGCCUGCCAUAGCCGGGGUGACGGGUCUGAUGGGCGCUCUGCAGGGGAACCACCUGGCCAUCGUGGGUGCCCUAAACGGAGUCAUCCAAACCUCCCCCAGCCUGGCCCAGAAUAGCAGCCCCCUGCCCCAUCCCUCUGCAGCUACCAGCGCAUCCCUGCCCAUGUCCAACAGUCUCAGUAACAGUGCAGCAAGGCUUUUCAGCGACCAGCACAGGCAGAUCCUCCUUCAUCCGCACCAACUACAGCAGCUUUUCAGCUCUCAGCAGACCAUACCAGAACAGCAGAAGGCUCUGCUCUAUCAGUUAAUGCAACAGCAGCAUCAACAACAACAGCAGCAGCAGCAGCAGCAGAAUGACAUCCAGCUACAGCAGCUGCCAAUCAACAGCCUCCUGCCUGCCACGCAACCAGCCGUCAACACAAACCCCUUCCUCGCCAUGCACAACGACAACAACACUCCUAAAACUGGAGCCGGCACUGCCACCAUCAAACAGACAAAAAGACUGGGAGAGAAGGCGGUGUCUGUGACAGGACAGGAGAAGACCUGAUGUAGAAAACAACAUUUUGGAGGAGGGCUGUCUUCUGGAUCCCUCUCAUCUGCCCAGAGGCUUGCAAUCUGAGCAGCAAAACCUGAACAUUCACCCACCGCACGAAACCAGCACCAGCCUUGAUAUAAACACACAUGCGCCAGUUUAAUGCCCACCUGGCAAACAACAUGCUGCACUGAGUUUAGUAAAUCCCUUGCUGUAAACUUACUGGAACCCAUGGAGGCCAAAAGACAGGCUCACACACACACACACACACACACACACACACACACACACACACGGUCUCUCUCACCCGGCCAGUGUGUUGCAAAUGACACUGGUGCGAGUCGAUUUGAGCGGAAAGUGUAGAUGAAGGUCUCUGAUGGGGACUGUAAGAUGGAGAUGCUUCUGGAACAGUAUCUGCUCACCACUGUUACCUCUCUGUACCCCUUUAACCAGAAACGUGUAAUGAUAAUCUCAAUAAAAACCUGUCAUAUUUGUCCGUCUUUGGAUUUAAAGGCGUCAAAUAUUUCAAAGCUGAAGAGAUCAGACAUUUGUGCACCAUGAAGGCCUUCUCUGCAUCCUGAUCUUGAGCUUCCCCUGAGGAGGCGUCCCAAAGGUCUCACUGACCCUGCUGCACUCUUUGAAGAGCAACUACCUCUCUCUCAAGCCAGGACACACAGACCAGGCCCUGGACCCAAGUGCCUGGCCCCGAUCUCCAACUUCUCAGCGAGGGGCCGCGCGCUGGAGACGCUGCCAGUCUCUCUCUCUCUCUCUCUCUCUCUCUCUCUCUCUCCCCUUCCUUUUUUAUUUUCUCCUCCAGUCAAUCCAUUUUUUUUCUGAAAAGAUUUAAUACCGAUCUGCGUCGCUCAGGCAAUACCAGUUCAGAGAGUCCCAGAGAUCUCUGCCUGCACAGUGACUACACUGAAGAAGAAAAAAACUGAUUUCAAAUGUUUUGUGCUGCAUUAAUACUUUUUUGAAUCCAACUUUCUAUUAUUCCUUUUUUAUUUAUUUGCAUUUGUUGCAUGUUGGGCACCAGGUGAUAUAUUGUAAUGCUCAACUCGCAAACAUUUUUUAUACUACUGUACACAAUUCUUACCUUUUUUGAGUCUUGUUAACUUUUUGAUGAACAUGUCUUGUGUUUGAAGUUCUAAAGAAAAAAUCCUACUUGAUAAUUUUGUGGUCUUGUAAAUACACCUGUUUUUCCCUUUAUUCUUUUGUUGCUAUAUAAAUCUACAGGUGCAUAUUGGAGUAAGAAUAAGCUGUCAGAAUAAAUGAGAUUUAGUUUAGCACACUUUUACCUCUUUUCUGUUGUAAAUACAUAUUUGUGAUUCACUUGGUGUGAAGGACUGUUUCAAAUCACUGUCGGUGUGUUCUGAUCUUUUCCAACAGGCUUUCCACAAAACUGGUGACUGGAUAAAGUGUAUUAAUUUAUUUUUGUAUGUGCAGGGACUUUUUGUUUGGUUUUAUUGAUGUGGUUUUAAUGUCCACCUUCUCAUGUAUCUGUACAGAAAUUAUGCAAAAUCUAAAGUUUGUAUUUAAAACAUCAGAAGUGAAUCCACGAGUCCUGCUUCAUAUUUAGAAAUUCUGAACACUGAGAUUGUAGUGUUGAGCUUUUUUUUUUCAGUGAAAUUAAAAUGUUUAUUACAA